AUGGCAUUCAAAGUCUUGUUCUGUAGCCCUGUACUUUUGUUGGUUUCCUUGCUCCAUUUUGCUACCUUUGCUUUCUCCACAACAUCUUCUGUGGCUGCUACAGCUGAAGUAGGUAAAGCAUUUGAGGAAGCAGAAGCUCUUCUAAACUGGAAAGCCAGUCUUGACAACCAAAACAAAUCUCUCCUGUCUUCGUGGGUUGGAGACCGCCCAUGCAUUAAUUGGGUUGGAAUUACUUGCGAUGAUAUGGAAUUGGGUGUCACUCGCCUAAACCUUUCCAGUUUUGGUUUGAAAGUCUCUUAUCUUUUACAAAACUCGCUUUAUGGAACUAUUCCUGAUAGUAUUGGAGACCUUUCUAAACUCACCCAUCUCGAAUUCUCUCACAAUAAUCUUUUUGGUGCAUUUCCUCCUAGCAUUUUUAACCUUUCCAAACUACGGUUUUUCGAUUUGACUGGAAAUCAGAUACCGGGAAGAAUUCCACCCGAGAUAGGCCAAAUGAUAAGUCUUCAAUAUUUAAUGGUUUCCGAUAAUUUACUCAAUGGUUCCCUCCCUCAAGAAAUAGGAGGCUUGAGCAAUUUAUCCUUUCUUUACCUUCAGGACAACGAACUUUCGGGAUCUAUUCCUCGAGAAAUUGGAAAGUUUGGUAAUAGUCUCACUAGUCCAAUCCCUGCUUUCAUAGGAAAGAUGGUUGAGUUGUCUGAUCUUAAACUUGCUAUGAACAAACUUUCUGGACCAAUUCCAACCACGAUUGGAAAUUUGACCAAGCUUACCGGUUUAGUUUUGUUCCAAAACAAUCUAAGUGGUUCAAUUCCCGCUUCCAUAGGACACCUAGUUGCCUUGUCUAUACUUUUCCUUGACGACAACAAACUUUCUGGAUCGAUUCCAACCACUAUUGGAAAUAUGACUAAGCUCUCCAAGUUGAAUUUGAUUACGAACUUUCUAAGUUGUUUUGUUCCAAUCGAAAUGAAUAAUCAUAGCACUUUGACAAGUUUGCAACUAUCUGAAAACAAUUUUAUAGGCCAGUUACCUCCAAAAAUAUGUCAAUCUGGAACACUUGUUUACUCUGGUGCCCGUAAUAACCACUUUACAGGUCCUAUCUCAAAAAGCUUGAAAAACUGCAGCAGCCUCUUUCGGGUAGUGCUUGAUGGAAACCAACUGACAGAAAAUAUGGCUGAAGAUUCCAACAUCUACCCAAACUUAGAUUAUAUUAAUUUGAGUAGUAAUAAUCUAUAUGGUAACAUUCCUUCAGAAAUUGGAAUGCUAUCUGUUUUAGACCACUGUAACUUGGCAGCAAACAAUCUCAGUGGUUUGAUCCCCAAACAACUUGGAGAGUAUUCAAGAUUAUUGUUCUUGAAUUUGAGCAGAAAUACACAUGAUGGAAGUAUUCCUUAUGAUAUAGGAAGCUUACAGUCUCUUCAAAGUCUUGAUGUUAGUCAGAAUUUGCUGGUAGGAGAGAUACCACAACAGCUUGGAGCUGGCUCCAUCCCAUUCACAUUUGGUGAUAGUGCAAGCUUGACAUCCAUUGAUAUAUCCUACAAUGAGUUAGAGGGUCCUAUUCCUAACAUCACGGCCUUUCGCAAGGCUCCAAUUGCAGCACUGAAAAAUAACAAAGGCUUGUGUGGUAAUGUUGCUGGAGUUUCACUUCUUCUUUGCCAAAGAGUGAACAAAACAGAAGACAAGCCAAGAGAAGUGCAUAAUGAUAAUCUUUUUGCAAUAUGGAGUUAUGAUGGGAAAAUGGUCUAUCAAAACAUUAUUGAAGCUAAAGAAGAAUUCGAUUACAAAUACUGCAUUGGAGUGGGAGGUUUUGGAAGUGUUUACAAAGCUAAGUUGCAAGCAAGCCAGGUUGUUGCUGUUAAGAAACUUCACUUGCUACCUGAUGGUGAGAUAUCCAAUAAAAAAGACUUCAUGAGCGAGAUUCAUGCCUUAACAGAAAUACGACACCGUAACAUCAUAAAGUUGUACGGUUUUUGUUCGCAUCCAAAACACUCUCUUUUGGUUUAUGAGUUUUUAGAAGGAGGAAGCUUGGUGAAGUUAUUAAACAAUGAGGAGGGAGCAAAAACAUUUGAUUGGAUUAAGAGAGCCAAUGUGGUAAAAGGAGUGGCAAAUGCUUUAUCUUAUAUGCACCACGAUUGCGAUAUAUCAAAUAAGAAUGUUCUAUUGGAUCUAGAAUAUGUGGCUCACAUCUCUGACUUUAGCACUGCUAGGAUUUUAAAGCCUAAUUCAUCCAACUAG